AUGGAAGUUCAAAUCAUCUCCAAACAAAAUGUAAAGCCAUCUUCUCCAACACCUUCACCCCUAAGAAAUUUCAAGCUGUCCCUUUUGGACCAGCUUGUUACUGUUCCAUAUGCACCAAUUCUCCUGUUCUAUCCUAUGAAUAAAAAGGCUAGUACUAGCUAUCUUGAUGUCCCCAAAAGACUAGAGUUGCUUAAAAAAUCUCUAUCAGAAACCUUAACUCAAUUCUAUCCACUUGCUGGAAAGAUCAAAGAUGAACUUUCCAUUGAUUGCAACGAUGAAGGGGCCUAUGAUGUGGAGACACAAGUAAACUGUCAUCUCUGUGAAUUCCUUAGGCAGCCUGACCUCCUGUUAGCUAAUCAGUUCUUUCCCUGUGAGCUCCUUCCGACGGAAUCAACAGCAGUCACAUACGUUGCUAAUUUUCAAGUAAAUGUCUUCGAAUGUGGUGGUAUUGUUAUUGGCAUGUGCAUAUCUCAUCGGGUCGUAGAUGGUGCUGCAUUGAGCACCUUUCUCAAGGCUUGGUCUGCCACAGCCAAAGGUAGCAAGGAAGCAAUUAUAUAUCCCGAAUUCAUUGCCAGUUCUCUCUUCCCUGCAAAUGAUCUGUGGCUUAGAGACUCGGCGAUUGUUAUGUUUGGUUCCUUGCUCAAAAAGGGCCAGUGCAUGACCAAGAGAUUUGUGUUUGACGCCUCAGCAAUUUCCAACCUCAAGGCCCAAGCAGCCAUCUUAGGAUUGAAAUGCCCCACUCGCGUCGAGGUGGUCUCUUCUUUCCUAUGGAAGUGCCUUAUGGCUGCCUCAGAAGAAUGGCGAGGAUCCCAAAGGCCUUCUUUACUAACACACUAUGUGAAUCUACGAAGAAAAAUGGAACCGAAGUUGUCAGGUAAUUCCAUGGGAAAUUUUCUGUGGUUAGCAGCUGCAAAAUACACAAACAAGUCCAAGCCUGGAUUAAAAGACUUGGUUGGUGAGAUGAGGAAAGCAAUAUCAAAAAUUGAUUCUGAUUUUGUUGAGCAUAUAAAAGGUGAUAAAGGCAAUGCUCUAAUGGAUGAAUCACUUAAAGGUAUAGGUGCAUUUGGCUCCGGGGAUGGAGUAGACUACCUUGGUUUUUCCAGUUGGUGUAAAUUUGGCUUCUAUGAUACUGAUUUUGGAUGGGGCAAGCCUGUUUGGGUCAGCAGUUUCGGUUUGUCGUGUUCGCUUACCAUGAACCUUGUCUUUUUGGUGGACACAAGGUGUGAUGGCAUAGAAGCUUUUGUGACCUUGAAUGAAAAGGACAUGACUAUUUUAGAAGGCAAUCUGGAGCUCUUUGAUGGGGACACCAGACCCACACCACAAACUAUACGAGUAUAUGGACGAAGACGGCGUAGGAUGGCCCAGCCUGUCACGCUGUGGUUGGGAGACUAA